CCUCCCGAUCUGGUGAAGAUACAAAUCAGUCUCUCUCCCUCCCUCACCCAAGGCUCAACGGCUCUCUCACUCGGUCAAUUAUUAGUGAGAUAUCAAACAUGGCGCUGACUACUCCUAACCCAGUGGGACCAUGGAAGAUCACUGUCUACGACCAGGAGAACUUCCAGGGAAAGCGUAUGGAGUUCACUGCUUCCUGCCAGAACAUCAUGGAGUGUGGUGUGGACAACAUCCGCUCCCUGAAGGUCGAGUGUGGAGCCUGGGUAGGGUACGAGCACUCCAGCUUCUCCGGGCAGCAGUUUGUGUUGGAGCGUGGAGAGUACCCUCGCUGGGAGUCCUGGAGUGGCAGCAACGCCUACCACAUCGAGAGGUUGAUGUCCUUCCGCCCAGUCUGCUCUGCUAACCAUAAGGAGUCCAAGAUUGUGGUGUUCGAAAGGGAGAACUUCAUUGGCAAGCAGUGGGAGAUGAACGAUGACUACCCCUCCCUGCAGGCCAUGGGCUGGGGCAACAACGAGAUCGGAUCCAUGCAGGUCCAGAGUGGAGCCUGGGUGUGCUACCAGUUCCCCGGUUACCGUGGCUACCAGUACAUCAUGGAGUGCGACCGUCAUGGCGGAGAGUACAAACACUACAGGGAGUGGGGCUCCCACGCUCAGACCUUCCAGGUCCAGUCUCUGCGUCGCAUCCAGCAGUAAGAGCGUCCACAGCCUCCUCCCUCUUUCACCCCUCCUCUUCCUCCUUUCCCCUCAUCCCUCAUUCGCCCUAUCAUUUCAAGCUUGACCAGUAGUCCUGUUAGACCUCCAAGACCGACGGCUCCUGAAGCUUCUGGUGCUCCACAGCGACAAACAUGUUUACAGCACUUUUGUUUUGUUCCAUCGCCAAAAGAAGAAAAACGAGAGAAUGAAAAAGUAAGAUAGAAAAGUGACAGGUGCAUCCCACAUCAAGCGGAGUGAAGGGUCUCGUGUGAUGUGGUGGUACAACCCAGGCUUUGAUGCUGUUCUUCAGUGUUGUCACGGGGAAUUCACAGCCACAGUGAUCAAUAAAGAGAAAAUGAGAAAAAAAUAAAC